AUGAUCGAAAGUCAAUCACCAGCAAUAUGUUCUGCAAAUAAUUGUGAUCAAAUGAUCAAAAACAAUGAAAUUUAUCCUGAUUUUGCAGCCGAAAAUGAUUUAAAUAUUUUAACAAAUAUUAUUUGUCAUAAUGAAACAAAAGGAUACGAUAAAUCAUUGAACACAAUUUCAACAAUUUCAAAUGAAUUUAUAUGUUCAUCAUGUCAUCAUUUAGUUGUUGAACCAAAAUUUAGUACAUGUGGUCAUCGAUACUGUUCUUAUUGUAUUGAAAAAAUGAUCGAAAGUCAAUCACCAGCAAUAUGUUCUGCAAAUAAUUGUGAUCAAAUGAUCAAAAACAAUGAAAUUUAUCCUGAUUUUGCAGCCGAAAAUGAUUUAAAUAUUUUAACAAAUAUUAUUUGUCAUAAUGAAACAAAAGGAUGUUCAUGGAAAGGGUGGGUGUGGGUGUGA